ACACACCUGUUGAGUUCAAAGUACCAAAAUGCCCCUAUCUGGACACGUGCUCACGAUGCACCACACGCUAAAUUUCGUAUAGAGUGAGCACGGCACCGUUCUCAUAUUAUUAUCGAUGCACAGAAAUUUGGUAAAACAACGAGCCAGGCCUCGCUCUCUCUCUCUCGCUGCACAGAAGAAUCGAACCAGAAAGCUUCGACGACGAAACCAUACAAUCCUUUCUUCCCCGCUGGAUUUCUCUUCGGUAGUAUUGGCAAUGCCUGCGCAGAAGCGAGCUUGCGAGGCUGAAGAUGAUCAUCCUCUGCUCUUCAACCACAACGACGGCCAGCACGAGCAAGCAGAAGACGGGGAUGAAUCUGAUCGAAGCCCUUCGCCAAGUAGCGGAGACAAAGAUGAGUUCAUCAUUGUAAAAUUGGCAGAAAUAAGGAAGGAAGUUCAGUGCCCAAUCUGUCUAGGGAUCAUUCGGAAGACGAGAACUGUAAUGGAGUGCUUGCAUCGCUUCUGUAGGGAAUGUAUUGACAAAUCCAUGCGACUGGGGAACAAUGAGUGCCCUGCUUGCCGUACACAUUGUGCCAGUCGCCGCUCGCUCAGAGAUGAUCCAAACUACGAUGCUCUUAUUGCAGCUUUAUAUCCAGACAUUGACAAAUAUGAGGAGGAGGAAUUGGCUUUUCAUGAAGAGGAGAAGGCUCGCAAUAAGCAGAUCCAAGCUUCUAUUGCCCAGACUCUUAGACGACAGGCUGAAGCACUGGGCAGGAAGAGGACAACAGCUAAAGCCACAGCAGCUGCAUUUGUAAGGAGACCACUGUGUAUCUAUCGCAGUGCUCCUUUGCGGGGAAGAAGAAAUUACCAUGCUGCUGAACUUCAAGGAUCUGAUGAUGAUGAGGAUGGAAAUGGUCAUGAUGGAAGCAAAGAUUCUUCUUCUGCCGAUGAACUCAGUGAACUCAAACCAAAAAGAUGCAAGAGAUGGGGAGGUGCACGGUUUUCUCAGCCCUCUACUGCAGAUGGAGGUGAUGAUGAAAAUGAAUCUGAGGUGAUCAGAGAUUCUAUGGGUUUGUCUGCUGGGCUUGUGUGCAACUCUGAAAUGCUUGCAUGGGGCAGAGGUGGUAUGCGGAGUCACACCCGAUAUGGAAGUUCGAAUGGUGGCAAUGGUAGGAAUGCGCGGAUUGGCCGGCUCUCAAAGUUAGUGGAUCGCCUCCGAAAUCUGGAAGAUAGCAAUGACGAGUUGGAUACCCAUCUCGUGCUGGUUUCUUUUGACGAGCAAAGAAUACCCAAUCUGCAGCGGCCGUACCUUAGUUGCAGGCCAAACUUGUCAAUCAGACACCUAUGCCAAUAUAUUUCUCUUCAGACGGCAUUGCAAGCUGAUGAAGUUGAAAUAUUGGCAGUCAGAGGGCAUCAUCCCAGACUGAAUCUCAACUAUUCCACGUCAAUUUCCAAUUCCAUUAUAGAUUCGUGUAAAGACGCCUUGCAAAUUUUGGAAGCACAAGAAACUUUGGCUGGACUAACAAGUAGUUGUUUUAAUCAAGGUCAACUGCUUCUGGUGUACCGGAGAAAGUUGUUGGAUUAGGAAAUUCACACCGAAUUGAUUGCUGGGCAUGCAAGCACAGGCCAUUGCUGCACAAUUUCUAGUAUUUAAGGUGAAUAGAGGAACACAUUUAGGAUCUCAGAUAGGGCUUAUGUUCUGAUGAAGUUUCCAGCGUUAUAAAAUGUGGCAGUCUUGGAAUUGACACUGUUUAGGGCGUUUGAAAAACUUCAGAAGGUACAGUUUAAAUGUUUUUAUAUAUUUUGGAUAGGAGUUGUCGUCGUUCAAUCGAAUUGUGAUGCCGAGCAUUUAGAUGAUCAAUCGAAUUGUGAUGCCGUCUUACAAUGGCGGUAAUUCUUUCCAA